UCAACUACCGGAAAAGACCAAAGAAGAAGAAAAAACACCAAUGUUGUCUUCCGCUGCUUCACUUCACGUGGGGGAACAGCACGAGCGUUUGAUCCUCUGUCAGGACGAAGAAUAAAGACACAAAAUGACACAGUUAGACGGUAUAGUAAAACCCAAGUCGAAGCGCUCCAAGCGGUUCUUGGAGAGCAGGGCGCCGAAGCUGACGGAGGAUGUGAAGACUGCCAUGAUCAUGAAAGGAGGGAACACCAGUCAGACCAUCACCCAGGCGCUCAAGGACCUAUAUUCCCUGAAGAAACCCAAUGCUGUGCUGUACAAGAAGAAGAACAUAACUCGGCCAUUUGAGGACUCAACAUCGCUGGAGUUUUUCUCCAAGAAGACAGACUGUUCUCUGUUUCUGUUUGGCUCUCACAACAAGAAACGGCCCAACAACCUCAUAUUUGGUCGUCUGUUUGACUUCCACGUGCUCGAUAUGAUUGAACUUGGGAUCGAGAAGUUUGUCUCUCUGAGUGACAUCAAGACCAGUAAGUGUCCCGAGGGGACGAAGCCCAUGCUUGUGUUUGCAGGAGAGGCAUUUGAUAUAGACAAUGAGCACAAACGUCUGAAGAGUCUUCUCACAGACUUCUUCAGAGGCCCCACUGUGUCUGCAGUGCGUCUGGCAGGUUUAGAGCAUGUGCUGCACUUCACUGCCCUGGACGGGAAAAUAUUCCUGCGCAGCUACAGGUCUCUGUUGAAGAAGUCCGGCUGCCGGACGCCGCGGAUAGAGCUGGAGGAGAUCGGGCCGUCGUUUGACUUUGUCCUAAGAAGAACACACCUGGCUUCAGAUGACUUGUACAAGUUGGCCCACAGACAGCCCAAGGCCCUGAAGGCCAAGAAGAAGAAGAACAUUUCCCACGAUGCCUUUGGUACCAAGUUCGGCCGGGUGCACAUGCAGAAGCAGGAUCUGUCCAAGCUGCAGACACGCAAGAUGAAAGGCCUGAGGAAGAGGAAGGGGGAGGUGGUCGCCGAAGAGCAGGAUGGACAGACAUCCAAAGUGGCCAAAGUGGACAGCUGAUGUCUGAGACAGACAGCUGGACUCAUUCACCACCUGUGCGUGUCCAUCCCUUUGUUUCUGAGACUGACCAUGUGCUGAUCAUUACCAGCUUUUUACUGUUGGAGGGCCUCGGCAUGAUAGUGGCCACCAGGUCAGGAUCCAGAUCUAUUACUUCUUGUCUUUCGUUUCAGCCGUGUGUUUUCCCCGUGUUACAUUCAGAUGCUUCUUUGUCUCGAGCGUUGUAAACGUGUCAGCUCUCGGCUUGUCUGGUAAACACAGUCAGUGUUGUCUAUGUACUGAAUUAUCAACAGAUUUCUUCGUUAAUUUGAAGUGUGUAAGAAAAACAAAGAGAUAUUUUACUGGCAGCACUCGCUUUAAAGGAAAUAAAACCUUCUAAUCUUCCUGUUU